CCGUACGCGUAAAAUAUCACUAUCAAGCGACAAAAUAUUGACGUAAUUAUAAAAAAAAUAAGUGUUAAAUAAAUAAAUGAAAAAAUAUCAUAUUGUGACAAUAUUGUGUUAGUAUAAAUACAAAUGGGAACUUUAACCUAAUGUUAAUACUUGAUAAUUAAUACAAAAAAAGUGAAUACGAUAGUUGUACCCAAAAUGUUGCCGACAUAUUAUUUUAAAAAGUGUAAAUAAAAUAUUGAUAAAAAAAAACAAAACAUAUUUUUAUGGACAAUAUCUACAGCUCAUGUGUUUGCAGGAAAAUAAAUUUAUAACUAAAAGUGCAACUCUAAAAAAAAAUUAAGUACAACUCUAUUAAAACUUUUUAAGCCCGAUAUUUCAAUUUUAAUGUUAAUAUUUAUAAAUUGAGCUGUACAUUUACAAAACGGUCAACUUAAUAUUCGAACCAAAAUAAUUUUAAACUCAUAAGUAGGUUUUAAAAAUACGAUAAGCAGACAUUAUUUUCAAUAAGUCGUUAAUGUAUAAGAGAACUUUCACUGUGCUAUAUUACAAUGGUAAUUAAAAUGAAGCUGGUUUUCGCUGUAUAUUUCGCGGCGUUUGCGUUGAUUGCCUGCGAGCCUGAGGACUCGUACUGCUGCAAACCAGGCCAGGGUGUGAUGGCAGACGUUGAGAACCGCUGCGUGGACAUUGCCAACAACAUCACAACACCAACGAAGCUUUCCUGUGACGUUGUGUAUCAUUUUAACCAAUCUGAUUAUAAGUUUUUGGUCACCGAUGAUGGAAGACUUGUGCUUUUGUUUGGAUUAGAGCCGCAAGUGGAAGCAAAUGUGUUCUGUAUAACGAACGGGACCCUGAACUCCAACGAGAGGUCCGCGGUGGUGUGCGACGAGGUGGAAGAGAAAAUCAUAGAUGAGAGUAUCCUCGGCUACUGCAUGCUUGUAUCUGUCCUGUUCUUGAUGUUAACGGUGAUAGUGUACUGUGUGUUGCCUGAAAUGAGGGACUUACAAGGGAAAAGUAUAAUUAACUUUUGCGCAAGUCUAGCGCUUGGUCUCGGCAUUUUGGGCGUGUUGAAGUUGGAUAUACCGUACUCUGAUAUGGGACUGUGUGCUGCAAGAGGUUUCUUCAUCUACUUCUUUUUAAUCGCAAGCUUCUUUUGGACAAACGCGAUAUCUAUACAGAUUCUUUUGAAUUUAAGACGUCCAACUAUCACGGACUACGGUUGGAAGACUUUCAUCUGGUACGCCCUGUACGCUUGGGGAUGUCCGACAGUACUGACGGUUGCGAUGGCUAUUGUCAACUUCCUCCCGGGCUACCAUCGCAAGCCUGGUAUUGGUUUAAACACUUGCUGGUUCUAUAAUAUGCGCGUGCAAUGGCAUUACAUGUACAGUGUCAUGACAAUCUUGAUCCUUACAAACAUCUGCAUAUUUCUUUAUAUCUCGUUUCACCUUUGGAAGAUAUCUUUCUCAUCCACCCACUUGAGAGCACUCAAGUAUAAGUUCGUUAUGACAGUUCGACUUAUUAUUGUAAUGGGUUUGCCGUGGGUAUUUGAAAUGAUCAGUUCAUUAAGCAAACCUCACAUUAUAUGGGCCAUCAUAGACAUAUUCAAUAUGUUGCAAGGAUUAUUAAUAUUUUUACUGCUGGUCGUUUUCCGAAAACGUGUGAUAAAAGCAAUGUUCAAGAGGGGUUGGUUGGACUGUAUCUCGGGUGUUGUGGAACGCCACCUAGCGGUGGGGGGUGACGAUGAAGAAGUCGCGAACCACACAGUGGAAGUUGGACUGUACGAGGGAUGUUCACCAAAUAAGUUAUCUGCUAAGUGACAUGUCUAUUGUUUUGUACGACAAUCCAUUAUGGAUUGACGGAAUAAACCCACCUGUAAAGCGGUAAUCUCCUACAGAAGAAAAACAUUCACAUUAGGAAACCUACCAUUGGUUUGUGCUAUUGAAGAUAGCAUAAUUAUUAUGUAUUUUUUGUGCAGGUAACAAAAAAAGAAUACCUACCAAACUUGUAAACUCCCAAAUACCUGGUAUACCUGCUAAAUGGACAAAGUGUCAAAGAUAUUUUAAUUUCUAGUUAUUUAAUGAAACGUGUUUUACUUAUACUAUGUAGAAACACCAUUUUGAGGAAGUAUUUCUAUAAUAUAUAUUAUAUAUAUUAUAUUUUAUCGUAAAAAUUUUAGGAAUUUCGGCCGAUUAUAAUAUAAUUAUAAUUCCAUGAAUUCACGUUAUCCCUACAACAAAACCACCAAUUUUGCGGUUGGUAGUCUUAUAAUCCGUUUCAUAACUCUUCCUCAAAAACGCUGACAUAAUAUCGUUCCACAGCGGGACUAAACGAUCAUUCUAAGCUCUAGGGGAUAAAGUAAUUUUUUUAAUAUUUGUCUGGUCUAAAAAGGUCUAAUUCGCAAAUAGUAUAAGCAGUCUUAAAUAAAUUAAGCAGACUUCUAAUACAUGGAUCCGCGGGAUUUGUGAAAAACUUAAUUUCAAUUGAACGAAGUCGCAAUUGUUUGCUAGUCAUACAUAAAUAAGGUCCUGAUUGUUUUAUAAAAAAAUGAAAAAGGAACUAAAUGCAACGUUCUUGUCUGUGUGCUUGAAUGUGUGCACCUUUUUCAUUUGUUUUUUUUUAUUAUCAGCUGCGUCUGCAAAAAGAAUGUAGUCAUUUCGAAGAUAUGACUAAUUUUUGGAAUUAUUUGAAAAAAACAUUUAAAAUGUAUCAGUGUGCCCGAUGGCUUAAACCGAUGGCUUAGUAAUCUAAAUUAUUACAAACGUUGACAUUUUCCCCUCAACGACCAACACAGUCACCUACCUUGUCUGAAAUGUAAAUAAAAAUACUAUUUUCGUAUAAACCGGCGCACCUAUUUCCGUUUAACGAUGUUUACAAAGUCGCACCAUAGAUUUGAUAUACCUAUUCGCAGUUACAGAAUAAAACGCGUAGAAACGAAAUCGGCAUAUUUAGAGUGAAAGUGGGGGUAUUUACAUUUUAUAUUUGGAUUGAGUAUUUGUAUAUAAAAUAGUGGAUAAUUUAGUAGGUUGCUGCAGUCAUCGAAGGAACUGCCAGAGGCUCGAAUUAUCUCGAAGAUUGAAUAAAUGAAUAGAUUACAAUUUACAAAUAAAAUGAAUUAAAUAACAAAUUAUUUACAUAACAUAAAUUAUUAAACAUUUGAAUAAAUUUUGAUAAAUUUAUAAAAUAGUCCUAAAGUUUUAUAAUAUUUAAUGUAGAGGUAAGAAGAUAAAAUUCGUAUUCAAAUAUAUUUCAAAUUAUAUAUUUAGAGCUCGUAGAUAAGUAACGUAUUUGCUUUAUUUUCGGACUGCCAGACGCUUCCCAUUCAAGGAGGUCCUUAUCAUUUGGUUGAGUGGCGACUACGAACUGGUAAUGACGCACAAUUAAACAUAAGCCUGUUGCUAAGGGUUAUGCAGAAUUAGUGGUUAUUGAAUGUUAUGCCCAGAAUUAAUGACUUAUCCUUUUGACCGAAUUUCGACCGCAGCGUAACUAACCGCAGCGUGUGUGUGUGCCAACACUAAUGCUCUCUUGCUGCAAUAGUUUGAUGCGUUGGUCUUAGCACACUGUCACCGUAAUUCAAGCUAACUAAUCAAUGGACGUAUUUAAGCCUCAAACGCACAGGUACGAGGGUGAACUUAAAUCAGUUUUUUUGAAUUUUGAAACAACUUUAGUAGCGCUAGGUAUUGUCUAACGACAUUUCAAGUCCCAUUAGCGGUUACGUUACGUCGUCGCAGCGACGUUUCAACGGAGCUACUUUACUACUUUGCAGUGUUAUACUUGUUUCAAACCAUUGUUGUGACUGACUGAAUGCGUGCGCCUUCCUCUUGCACUGCGACGUCGCAUGUCAUCGCAACGGAGGUGUAUACAUACGUCUCUAUAAUGCGUAGAUUUGUUGCGAAGACGCAAUGCAAAGCACUAAUGAGGCCUCUGCAUCUCCCUUCGAAUAUAACAAACUCGUGUGAGUUUGUUCUAUUCGUCUCUACCUUCCCCUAUCUCAUCUCAUCUAACAAAAUCGAGAUAGAUACGAAUUCGAAGCUCACAUUGUAGAGUUAUAAAAACUUGAUACAUAGAGAGCGCUACAGAGCGGCAAAAUUCAUUGUACGUCUACGAUCAUUGACCUAUAUGUCUUAAACAAAUACUUACUAUCGUUUUCAACGAAACCUGGUGAGGUUAAUGAGAAAACAUAUGUGUCACGUCGCGUCACAAGCCGCUACGCUGUGGUCACACUACGCAGGUGUGGUGUUACGACUAGCUAAUGUCUUGACGUGUGACGUCAUAAUGACGCUAAUUUUGUUACUUUACUCAUUGUUUGCUUUAUUUCGGAAAUUUUCUAUGAUAAGGUGACAGCACAUACGCGUUUGUGGAAUGGAACGUCAGCACAGCAGAAACGCAGUUAUAGUGUAGCUGAAAGAAGAGACUAAAAUUGCCCGGCAAAUUAAAAAAAAAAUCUAAAAAAAAACGCAUGUGUCAAACACAAAAAAAAAAACAAAAUUAUAUAUAAAAAUAAUUCAAGUAUCAAACUGAGUUAUUUUAACAUUUGCACUAUAAUUUUAGAUGUUCCCUCCAAAUGUUUUUUUUUUUAAUUUUCCGCGCGAUCUCAGUCUAAUUAAGCACAGUGAGUAUGGGUAGCGGCUCUCCUUUGCAUCCACGGCUUUGGGUCCAAUUCGCACUACUAGAAAAUAUUUCCGUGAUAGCAUGGAUGCUUGUGAUUAAGUAUGAAUUAAUAAAUUAUAUAAUAAUUACAAAUUGUAAUUUGUCUAAGGGUUUAUUUAAUAUGUAUAUUGUAAUUAAUAUUAUUCAUCAGUUGUCCUUUAUACUAUCAUAGAGGUAAAAAUAUGUUUGCUUGAACGCGCUAAUCUCAGUAACUACUGGUCCGAUUUUAAAAAUUAUUUCAGUAUUAAUAACCCAUUUAUCGAGGACGGCUAUAGGCCUAUAUAUUAUCCCCGUAUUCCUACGGGAACGGGAACCACGCGGGGAUAAUUCGAUCGGCGUCAUCUAGUUUUUAUAUUUUCACAAUAGACAAGCUAACGCUUCCUGUGGGACGGGCUAGUUAACGAGGGUUAUUUGUACCUACAUAUAAAUAUUUAUUAUUUAUUUAGUAUGUAUGUUCGAUGUAUAUUGUAUUAUGUUGAUUUCUAGUCUAAGUGAGUAUUUAAUUACAUAAUUAGGUUUUAAUACUACGUGUAAGUAAAUAUUUUUGUCACAAUUUUUGUGCCAUAUUAUUUUGUUAACCUUUGUUAUCGUUAUGUAUAAAUGUAUCAUUAUCAAUGUACAAGCAAUUGACGAAUGUAUACACUUGCAAAUAAUAAAAUAAGAUUGAUAAAUAAGUA